AUGGCCGCACAAAUUCGAAAAAGGGCGUUGCGAUACGCAUUUAUCAAUGAUACGUUGUACAGACGAGCCUUUGAUCAAAUAUGGCUAAGGUGCCUAAAGACCAAGGAAGCUGAUAAAGUGGUGAUAAAAGUCCACGAAGGACUUUGCGGAGCACAUCAGUCAGGUCCCAAAAUGACCGCUAAAAUCAAUAGGAUGGGUUACUAUUGGAGAGCUAUGGUCAGAGAUUAUAUUGACCAUGCUAAGAGAUUUGGUGUACCACGUCGCAUAAUCUCAGACAAUGGUACUGCAUUUAAAAGUAUAAAAAUCUACAAGUUUGUUUAUCGGCACAAGAUUGAUUGGCGAUACUCAUCCAUAUACAAUCCAAGGACAAAUGGGUUGGCAGUAGCAUUCAACAAGACGCUGGUGAAAUUGUUGAAGAAGAUCCUUACCAAGAACAAAAGAGAGUGGAAUACGAAGAUGGCAGAAGCUUUAUGGGCCUAUCGUACAACUUAUAAAACACCAACUAAAGCCACUCCUUAUUCAUUGGUGUUUGGUGUUGAAGCCGUAUUACCAUUAGAGAUUGAACUACCGUCACACCGGGUAGCAAUUCAGAACGAUCUUACUCAAGAACAAAAUGCCCGCCUCAGAAUGGAGGAACUCAACGCACUUGAUGAACGCAUGUUACAAUCCCAACAAAACUUAGAAAUCUACCGAGGAAGAAUAGCAAAUUCCUUUGAUCGAAUGGUGCGUCCUCGAUCAUUUCAGGAAGGGAAAUUGGUGAUGGUGCUGAGAAGACCAAUCAUCCCACACCAAAAAAUUAGUGGCAAAUUUGUAUCCAACUGGGAAGAUCCCUUCGUCAUCGAGAAAGUAUACCUAGGAGGAGUAUAUCAGCUGAUCGAUCUGAACGGUCAGAGGCUUAUGCCACCUAUCAAUGGCCGAUAUUUAAAUAAAUAUAAUGCAUGA